ACUAAUAAUAAUAACAACAAUAAUAAUAAUAGAAGAAGCAGUCAGAGCAGCAGAAGAAGAGUUUUCAUGUCGUCACUUCCUACUGACUCCUCGCGAGGUCACGUGACGCCGAAUUAGCUCGCUGUCUCUGCUAUCUUUGCACUUUGCAUUAACGUCCCAGAAAUGUCAAGUUCGGCGCCGUCGGCAGUUUAUAUCGGUCGAGCGGUGUGCGGCGGCCGCCCGGAGAGCUGUUUUCACCGAGGCGAGGUGAGAAAUUCGGCUGUGAAAAUCGCCGUUGUCGGGCUGAACGUCACGUGACCAGCAUGCGGCUGAGCGUUUGAUAAAAGAUGGCGUAAGGCGGUUGGAGAGCAGCGGAGCGAAGAGGACAACAAACCCCGAACUGCUGCGUUACCCGGAGCACCGCCGACCGCGACUCGCAGCGGUCGUUAACCGUCAAAUGGAUCCUGGACAGGAUUUGCUUCUGACAGCCCUAAGUGAGAGUGGCAUUUGCCCAAAUGAUGUGUUUGAUGUUGAUUCUCAGGAUGUUGCACAGCCCUCUACAACCCAGCAAUCUAUCUCCAUCAGUGCCCUGGAUGUUGGUUUGGGCACUGAGGCAGUGGGAGCUGUCCGAACUGAGGCUGCAGUUCCUCUCCCCAUAGUUACUAUCAGGCACAAACCUCAGCCAUCAACCACCACGUUUGUCUUAAAUCAACUGAAUCAGUUGCCAUCGCUAGGAACUGUUGUGACCAAACAAUCAGCCACGAACCCCAUUAAACACACCAUAACUGUCACCAAGGUGGUCCAUGUCAAUGCUUCAGCCCUGCGGAGUUCAUCAUCAACCGCCCCCCCCACAAGUAUUCCUCCGUCAGCGUCCACAGUUGUGCCUUCUAACAGAGAGCAGAUUCAGCUGAAGGACCUGCUUAGGACCAGCAGUGUGAAGGGCACUGGUGUGAAGAGCAACAGUCUGAUGGAGCUCAUGAAGCUGAAGCCCCCACCUGACAUCGCUCAACCAGUGGCUACAGCAACAGCUACAGGCCCAAUUGAAUUGAACAAUGGAAUCAAGAAAGAGGGGUUGGGCAAAGAUGCAGCCCGGAUCUGGGUAAACGAUGACAUCAAAGUACAGAACUUUUCACAUUCUCUGAAACCCCCAGGGAUGAAGGAGGAUGAUGAGCCUGAGGAGGAAGAGGAAGAAGAGUUGGGUCAUGCAGAGACAUAUGCAGAGUACAUGCCUAUGAAAUUAAAGAUCGGCAUGCGGCAUCCUGAUCCUGUGGUGGAGACGAGCUCCCUGUCGAGUGUCAACCCUCCAAACGUGUGGUACAGACUCUCCAUCACAGAGGAAACCAUAGACCAUGGCUGGCUGUCUGCUCUGCAGCUGGAAGCUAUCACAUAUGCAGCUCAGCAACAUGAAACAUUCCUCCCAAAUGGUGAUCGAGCUGCCUAUUUGAUAGGUGAUGGAGCUGGUGUGGGUAAAGGCAGGACCAUUGCUGGCAUCAUCUAUGAGAAUUACCUUUUAGGCCGGAAGAGAUCACUUUGGUUUAGUGUCUCAAAUGACUUGAAGUACGAUGCUGAAAGGGAUCUAAGGGAUAUAGGUGCAAAGAACAUUCAAGUUCAUUCACUAAACAAGUUCAAAUAUGGAAAAAUCUCAUCUAAACACAAUGGGAGUGUGAAGAAAGGUGUGAUCUUCGCCACCUACUCUUCCUUGAUAGGAGAAAGCCAAUCCGGUGGGAAGUAUAAGACCAGAUUUGAACAGCUUCUUCACUGGUGUGGGGAGGACUUUGAUGGUGUUAUUGUCUAUGAUGAGUGUCACAAAGCCAAAAAUGUGUGUCCAAUCGGAUCAUCCAAACCUACUAAGACUGGGCUUGCAGUGUUGGAACUGCAGAACAAACUUCCCAAAGCUCGGGUUGUAUAUGCUAGUGCCACAGGUGCCUCUGAACCACGGAACAUGGCCUACAUGAACCGGCUGGGCAUCUGGGGUGAAGGAACUCCCUUCAGAGAGUUUGGAAACUUCAUCCAAGCUGUUGAGCGCAGAGGUGUCGGUGCCAUGGAAAUAGUUGCUAUGGAUAUGAAGCUGAGGGGGAUGUACAUUGCGAGGCAGUUGAGUUUUACAGGUGUGACUUUCAAGAUUGAGGAGGUCCCUCUGACUCAGCAAUACAUCAACAUGUACAACAAAUCUGUGCGUCUGUGGGUUAGUGCACGUGAGAAGUUCCAACAAGCAGCUAACCUAAUGGAUGCAGAGCAACGCAUGAAAAAGUCCAUGUGGGGCCAGUUCUGGUCUGCUCACCAGAGGUUCUUCAAAUACCUCUGCAUUGCUUCAAAGGUUCGCAGAGUGGUCCAGCUGGCCAGAGAAGAGGUCCAAAAUGGAAAGUGUGUGGUGAUUGGUCUUCAGUCAACGGGAGAGGCACGAACACUAGAGGCCCUGGAGGAAGGAGGAGGAGAACUCAAUGACUUUGUGUCAACUGCAAAAGGUGUACUGCAGUCCCUGAUUGAGAAGCACUUCCCAGCUCCUGACAGACAGAAGCUCUUUAGCUUGCUAGGCAUCGACCUCUCAGCUAAGAAGACUCCGUCUCCCAGUGACACUGCAGUUGAACCUUCUGGACAGAAGGGCAAAAAGAGGAAAGGUUCACAAGUAAAAAAACAGCCAAAAAAGAAGCCUCGCAAGCAUGGAGGACUGUCAGGCACCAGUUCAGAGGAGAGCCAAUCAGAGGAAUCGGACAAAGAGUCCGAUAAAGACUGCGAGAGUGAUGACAGCUUCAAAUCUGUCAGCUCAGCGGAUGAUGAUGAUGAUGACUUCAACCCAUUCAGAGAUGAGUCUGAUGACGAUGGUGAAGAUGAUCCAUGGCUCAUCAGAAAAGAACCAAAGAAAGGGAAAGUGAAGAAGAAAAGAAGGAAGAGUAUUGACCCAGACUCCAUUCAAAGUGCCUUGCUAGCCUCUGGACUUGGCUCCACCAGACCUGCUUUCACUGCCUCUGUCAACCCCCCCAGCACGCCUGCCAUAGUCAAAGCAGAGAGUCAUGAUAGCUGCCUGACGAGUCAGGAUGCCGUGGAAGAUGCCCAGCAAAUGAAGAAAGAUCUGUUGGAAAGGCUUGAGAAGCUAGCUGAGGAGCUACCGCCCAACACUCUGGAUGAGCUAAUAGACGAAUUGGGAGGUCCAGACAAUGUAGCAGAGAUGACUGGUCGUAAAGGUCGUGUGGUCAGUAACGAUGAUGGCAGCAUUUCCUAUGAAUCUCGCUCUGAGCUGGACGUUCCUGUGGAAAUCCUUAAUCUCACAGAAAAACAGAGGUUUAUGGAUGGAGAAAAGAACAUAGCCAUCAUUUCGGAAGCUGCCAGCUCAGGUAUAUCCUUGCAGGCUGAUCGGCGAGUGAAGAACCAGCGGCGGAGAGUUCACAUGACUCUGGAGCUGCCUUGGAGUGCAGACAGAGCUAUUCAGCAGUUUGGGAGAACACAUAGGUCAAACCAGGUCACAGCUCCAGAAUAUGUCUUCCUCAUAUCAGAGCUUGCAGGAGAGCAGAGAUUUGCAUCCAUUGUUGCCAAAAGGCUUGAAAGCUUGGGGGCUCUCACUCAUGGAGACAGAAGAGCAACAGAAACAAGAGAUCUCAGCAGGUUUAAUUUUGAUAACAAAUAUGGCAGAAAUGCUCUGGAAAUUGUGAUGAAGUCCAUCGUAAAACUUGAUGCUCCGUUAGUGUCUCCACCCUCAGACUUUCAAGGGGAUUUCUUCAGAGAAAUCCAAAGUGGAUUAGUAGGUGUAGGUCUCAUAAAUGUGGAGGACAGAUCUGGAGCACUGUCACUGGACAAAGACUACAACAACAUUGGGAAGUUCCUGAACCGUAUUCUGGGCAUGGAGGUCCAGCAGCAGAAUGCCUUGUUCCAGUACUUCUCUGAUACACUGGGUGCUGUUAUUCAGGAAGCCAAGAGGAAUGGCAGAUACGACAUGGGCAUUCUGGAUUUGGGCUCCGGUGAUGAGAAGGUGAAGAAAGUAGACUGCAGGAAAUUCCUAACACCAGGAUAUACCACAUCAGGACAUGUUGAGCUCUACACAGUGAGUGUGGAGAGGGGAAUGUCAUGGGAAGAGGCCACACAUGCUUGGGCAGAACAGAGUGGACCAGAUGAUGGCUUCUAUGUACAGGUGCGUAACAACAAGAAAACAGCCAUACUGGUGAAAGAGGUAAAUACCAAAAAGAGGCUGUUUCUGGUGUACAGGCCCAACACAGGCAAACAGCUCAAAUUGGAAGCAUACACCGACAUCAAGAAGAGGUGUAAAAAGGUCUUGUCAGAAGACGCCAAGCAACACUGGAUUGACCAGUAUAAAUCUUCAGCAAAAAUCUGCUCUCAUGCGUACUGGCGUGGUAACUGUAAGAAAGCGUCAGUGGGUCUGCAGUGUGAGAUUGGUCUGCGGUGUAGGACGUACUUUGUUCUGUGUGGCUCAGUGCUUAGUGUGUGGACAAAGGUGGAGAACGUCCUCGCUUCUGUCAGUGGAACCAAUGUAAAGAUGCAGAUUGUCCGCCUUAGAACAGAAGAUGGACAGAGGAUAGUUGGGCUGAUCAUUCCAGCUAAUUGUGUCUCACCCUUAAUCAACAUCCUUUCAACAUCGGACCAGUGCCAGCAGCUGGCCGUACAGGAGCAGCAGAAGUGGCAACAACUUCACCCCCAAAGUCUCAGUCACGCUCCCAACACAUAGUAUGGGUGGACCACUCAGCUCUAUGGGGUUCAGCCCCAUUUCCACAUCCUGAGUUCACAUCCUGACCUGGAGGGAUUAGGCUCCAUUAAUCUCCAUCUCUGCACUGCAAGCUCCAGUACCACUAUCCCUCACUCUGCACCCUCACAUCCCCCAUUGAGUCUGAGGGUCAGAGGUAUCACAUCAAGCUGUGGUAGUCUCAGAUGUAAAGCAGUGGUAGUACAGAGAAAAGAUUUCAGGGUUUUUUUUUUUGUUUGUUUUUUUAAUCUCCAGAGACUCUGUUUUCACCUAGAGAAGUUUGAUGGAUGACUUAUAGUCCUCUGACAUUCAGAGUGAAAGAUUUGAGAUGCAUUGAUUGAAAUGGAGUGGACACAAAGUUGAAAGAAGGUAUGAUGGCCUGUGGCUGUUCUGUUACCCACUUUCUUACCCCUGCUGUGAGCUGUUAAGUGCACCCUAUGCCAGUGUUUGAGUCAAGAUCACCCCAAACUGAGACCAAGACAUGUUGUGUUCAGUCAAGAUCAAAGGUGGUUGAGACUAAAAUUAGUAUUAGCAAGAUUGUUCCAAAACUGAGAAAUGCUUUGCAGUUCUGUAAAAAUUGAUAUAUAGUGCUAAACUACAAUCGUGUGCUUAUACAUGUUGUCAUCACUCAACAAGAUGUACCCACAAGGCACAAGGAUAAUGUUGUAAUCAUAUGAAGUCAUUUUAUCAUUCCUCAAACUUUGUAUUCAGUACUAUAGUGAAAGAACGAUUUCCUUGAUGUGUACUGCAAAGGUAAUGCAGGGCGUUACUCUGCUUUGUACAUAGGAACACUAAUGUUAUAAGUCUAUGUACAAGUGAACUUUCACCUGUUCUGAAUGUUACACUAUUAGUUGAACUUGAGACCAAAGUUCCUAGGUUUAUUUUUUCCCUUAUUUUUCCUCACAUCUCCCUUUUUUGUAGAAAGUAAUGCCUCUGUUACAUUUUCAGCCUGGUUGACCAUGUUCAAAAACAAACUGGCAGGAGUUGCUCAGCUAUCCCUUGGUGUUACAUGCACCUUUACAUGGCACUUAACCUGGUGUCAGGUUUAUAUUGGUAUAAAUCUUGCAGUCAGAGUUUAAGUAUGAGCUGUUAUAUUAGUCUGUUAGUACAUAAAUUAGUCCAUUAAAUGAAGUCAUUCUUUGACUGGAUUAAUGUUGGUGUAAAAUGUUUGAGGAAUGAUGAAUUGAGUCUGUCAUUAUCGACAAAAUUAUUUCUGUCACUGGGUGUUGUGCGUAAGGAGUAAAUGGACAACACUGUACAAAUACAAAGUAAGUUUUUACGUGUUGUAUUUGAACAUUAAUAUACCCAGGUUAACUGAUUUGUGUUCUGUUCCUCAGUUUUCAACAAGGGUUCACUUGUUCUUAGUUUGGUUGUAGAGGUGUGUCAACCACCUCUAGUCUUUAUCUUGACUUAAAUCUCAGUCAGGACAUGUUUUGGUGUGGUCUUGGUUUUAACUGGUUAGUCUUGACUAGUCAACAGCAAAAAAUAAAAAAUAAAAAAAAUUACAUUUUGAGAAAUUUAAUACGCAUGUCCAAGCCUGUAGCUUCUUGGUUUUAAAACUGGUCUUCAGACCAGGAUUAGUCAGCAGCACUGUGCUGGGCUUUGUCUAGUGACCUCCAAGACUCCCUUUUCCACUGAAGGCUGGAAUAUCUUUGUUUUGUUUUUUGUUUUGUUUUGUUUUGUUUUGUAAUGGACAUAGGAUCGUGCUCAGGGGUUAAACUAUACAAAGGCCCUCUUUGGAAAAACAACAAAGAAAAGCAAAAGGCAUUUACACAAAUGCAUGACCAUAACUCAGAUGCUUCCUUUCCACUUAUACUCUGACCUUUUUUCAGUGUACUUUGUUUGGCUGUAUUCACAGCUUGUAUGUUCACAGUAAAUGUUAUGAACACAUCUCUCUGUAAUUCCUCUGCUUUCUUGAGCCGAGUUUAAAUUAAGAUGGACGUAAUCAGAGUGGAUAGCCUCUACUGCAUUCAGUACCUCUUCUGUUGAGCAACCAUUACUGAAAGCCAUUACCUCUACAGUUCUAUAUUGCAUUAUAGAUCUGCACUGGAAGGGACAGACCAAAGUCUGGUAAUACAAGCUAUCCUAAUAGUUGAUAAUAAAAGAUACGAAGUAUUUUAUAUCACAGAAAUAUGCUCAGACACAUCCUUAACCUGUGGAUUCAUUACUGUUAUUUAAGUGUGUGUAUCCUCUCCUUUUGUUGGUUGAUAUUCAUUUAAAAACAAUAAUUGAGAUAGGAAGCAGGAUCUUUGUAUCAUACUAGACAAUGUGCAUUUUGUAUGCUUUGUAAAAGGACAAACACAUUAAAAUUCUGCAGUGCAGCAAAUCCCAGUUGUUGGACAGUAAUGGGAGAGACCAAGCAUAUUUCUGGAAAAUAAAUCUUUUCUCUCACAGAAGCAAAAGGCAGUCUCAUAGGAAGGCAAAUUUCUUAACUGGAAUGUCCAUUAUACGCCGGUGUCUGAUGUUUUUAUUUUGACAUUCAACAUAUGUUCACGGGCUGCAGACUUUGUAACAGGCUUUUUUUGAGUGCUGUAAAAUGUCAUAAGAGGCGGGCUGUUUAAAUUGAAACACUUGAAGGACUUUUAUCAUUGCACGAGUUGCACUACUGACCGAGUUGUACAAAAAAAACAAAAAACAAACAAAAAAAUCUGCGUUACGUGAAAUGAAUGAGUGCAAUGACCAAUAAAGCUUGGUAUACUUCUG